AUGCGAGUGUUUAAGCUAGCGAAGAGUAAAUCUCCUCUGAGCACAUCUUCUGUACUUGAAUUAUUCCAUAAAAUAGAUCUAAAACUGUCAUUUAUUAAUUUUGAGAAUAUUUCCAGGAUUUCUCCUGUUUCUGGUGAAUUAUUCAUUAUUGAUGGGUUAGAGACCCCUGUUAUUGAUGGUAAGGUGUACACAAGUACGUCAGAUAUAUUCCAUGAGUCAAAAUUUGAUGUAGUAAUAGAUAAAACAGAUUCAGUCCCUAAGUUAUUCCGGUUUAUUUAUUAUAACAGGCAGAAUAAGUACCGGGUUCUGCACUAUUUAGUAUGUAAUAGUAAUACGUCUGAUAAUAAGGUUAAUUAUACUAUUACUAAUAGUGUAACAGAAGGGUUCAUGAAUAAUUAUUAUUUUAUAAGGGAUAUUUUAUUUAAAGAGGACAAUAAGGGAGAAGAAAUAUUAGACAGGUCCUUUUGGAAGGAUAUUUUAAUACGGAAUUUAUCUGAGGUUAUGUACAAUAAAGAAUAA